GUGCAUCCGCGUAACGCAGUUUUCUCAGUACAAUUUUGACGUUGGAGGUGUACAGUCGAGUAAUUAUGGAUAAAUUAAUGUUGUAUUAUUUAUCAAGACGACGGCGACGACGAAUUGCCAAAAAUGGACGCCAGCCAGUAAGCCCGUACGUUGAAUCUAGGUUACUGUGCGGGGAAUUCGUGGUGAAGUUUGGUAUAUUAAGAGAAAAUGAAAGGUUUUUUUUCAAAUAUUUUAAAGUUUCAUUACAAGUCUAUGAUGAAUUAUAUUCAAAACUGGAGCCCUAUUUGAGGACUAACAAUCUACGAUUGAAAUCUACGUCAAUCGUAUCACCAAUGGAACGAUUUGCAAUGACAUUGCGAUAUUUAGUUAGUGGACAUACCUUCGUCGAUAUUCAUCUGGCGUAUCAUACAGGACUAACCACGGUCAGAAAAAUAGUAACAGAAGUUUGUCAAAUUAUAAUUGAAAGGUUAAAGGAAGAAUGUAUACCAAAAUUUUCCCGUGCGCUAUGGGAAGAGACUGAAAAAGGUUUUUUAACGCAAGCCCAGUUUCCUAACUGCAUAGGUGCAAUAGACGGAAAACAUAUACGCAUUAUAAGACCUCCACAUAGUGGUUCCCUCUAUUACAACUAUAAGCAUUACUAUUCUAUUGUACUGCUUGCAAUGUGUAACGCCAACUAUGAGUUUACCUAUAUAAACGUGGGAGUGCAGGGUAAAGAAUCUGACUCCGCAAUUUUCACACAAAGCCGAUUGUACGAACAAAUCAACAAUGACUUAAUAUAUAUUCCUCCUGCCAAAGCAUUGCCCCUAAUACACAAUGAUAAACCAACCAACAUUGCUGCAACCGCAGCUUUGCCCUAUAUUAUUGUAGGAGAUGAAGCAUUUGGGUUAUCUAGCCAUGUCAUGCGGCCAUAUGCUCGAGCUCUCGAUUUAAACUACAAAAAAAAAAUAUUCAAUUAUAGGUUAACGAGAGCGCGACGCUAUAUUGAGUGUACAUUUGGUAUCAUGGCUAAUAAAUUUCGCAUACUCCAUCGUCCAUUGAACGUUGGAAAAGACAAAGCAAUUUGUUUUCUUAAAACAAUUUGUAUUUUGCAUAAUUUUAUAAGAUCAAGAAGUCAAAUUAAUGACUUUCAUGAUAUUGUCAUUAUACCAGACCAUAUACGUUCAGUUCGGGGGUUAAUUGGAAAUACCCACAGAGAUUCGUAUACAUUACGCGAUAACUUCGCAGAUUAUUUCGUUGCAGACGGACAGCUGUCAUGGCAAGAUCGCAGUAUUUAUUGAAGAUAGUUGGCUUUUUUAUAAUUUAUGUACAUUCAAUAAUUGAAUUUUCACGGUUUUUUACCACACAUUUUUUAUUAACAUAGCAGGCAUAUUUUAAUAAUAUACCUAAUGAUUUUAUUUGUUAAAUUCAUCGGAUGUAACCAAAUAACUUAGAUUGUUGUAAACUAAAGUUGAGAGAUGUCAAAGAAAAACCUACAAAACUACAAAACGCACGCUUAUUUUACAAAGUUACUGGCCCAAUUCUAAAACCAAUAUAAUAAAUAUUUUAGUUGA